AUGCAGCGUUUACCCAAGAUGAUGACUAAAAUCGGUGGUCCGGUAUGCGACGUCUUCAUCAACCACCGUGGGAUCGACACCAAGAGGAACGUUGCCGGGCUGUUGUACGAUAAUCUUACGAGGAUUGGAGUGAGGGCAUUCUUGGACAGCAUGAACAUGAAACCCGGGGACAGGCUUUUCCAACACAUUGAUAGAGGCAUUCUGGGUUGCAAGGUUGGUGUUGCCGUCUUCUCUCCUCGCUACUGUGACUCCUAUUUCUGCCUCCACGAGCUCGCUCUUCUCAUGGAGUCCAACAAAAGGGUCGUUCCCAUUUUCUACGACGUCAAACCCUCGCAACUUACGGUCAAGGACAACGGAACCUGCCCUCCCGCGGACCUUCAGAGGUUCGCCUUUGCACUUGAAGACGCAAAGAACACCGUGGGAUUGACGUUUAAUUCUUUGAACGGGGAUUGGUCGGAGUUGCUGAGGAAUGCUUCGGAAGCGGUGAUCAUGAACUUGUUGGAGGUAAAGGAAGAAAGGAAGUACGCGAAGAAGCAGCGUUGA